UAUCCACUCGUCUGUUAAUCUCCAUGUCGCAGUCCGCUGCGCCGAAGAACAACUUGACGCAGGUGCUCAAUCAACACAAGAGCAACUCGGGAGUCUUAUCAUCUGUCUCCCGAUCAAAAGCCGGGAAGUUCAAACCUGCGGCAACAAGUUCGAUUUCAGCACCACUGCGAAAACAGGGAUCAGCUGUUUUACCUUCGUUUUCAACCCCCGGCUUUGGUCGAGCGCAACUCCCGAACGCGAGCAAGAAUCAUACGCCCUGCCAAGAAGUCUACACGAUAUCAAGCGACUCUAGCCCUUCAUCUCCCGUACUAAAGCGUACCUCAUCUGACUCGAACUUUCUGGAGCCCCAGUCAAAAAGGCUGAAAGCGGAGAAAGAAAAUGUCUUCCGACCUACCAAGAAUGACCUGAGCAAGGGAAAGGCUCGACAGGUAUCUAUAGAUGGAGAAGAUUUACCCAUGGUAAAUCGCUCCUCUGACAAGUAUCCAGAUCUGUUGGAAGUGAGCACGCCCUUUGUCGUGCUGUUUAUUAACGACGUCUCUUCAAAGAAAUCGACCGAACUCCUGAACACGAUUCUUUUAGCCAAUCAUGAGUACGCCAGUCAGAACAUGGAGAGUAUCUGCAACUUCUACUCUGGUCGUUCUGCAAAGGACGACAUAUUCGUGUUAGAAGCAUACAAAGCUCUAUUGGCAAAGAGGAUGGAUGCAAUCAAGACUGAACUGCGUAAUCGAGAGUGCUCUGUUGCCACUGUCGAAUACGCGCCCAUAGCGAUACCUACCGCACCCCAUCGGACACCGCGACUCUCCGAUUACCCCGCGAAGGAAUCGCUCAGUGCCGCUGGACCUUCGGGAUCUACGACUUACGAGGUUACUCGAAUAUCCACGCAGACCAUGUCCGGCAAUUUUGACUACGACUACACCGAAUCCAUCAGUGCUCGUGUUGCUGAGACCUCGCGUGCAACGACUGAAUUCGAUGGCGAAGACGAAGACGAGGCUCUAUGGGCUGAUGUUGAAGAUGUCCCUUUCGAAUAUCUCGACGAAGAGCAGCCGACGGCGAUCGUCCCAACGAAACUUUCCGGGCCGUAUGUCAAAGAGAUUAUGGCCAACCUCAAAAGUGUCUUCGGCCUGGAUAGUUUCCGUACCAAUCAGUUCGAGGCUAUUAGCGCAACCUUGAGCGGUCGAGACGUUUUCGUGCUCAUGCCAACGGGUGGUGGCAAGAGUUUGUGUUACCAGUUGCCAGCUGUUUGCACGGGGGGCUCUACGAAGGGCGUCAGCAUUGUUGUAUCACCGCUGCUGGCGCUCAUGACCGAUCAAGUUCAUGAUCUACGACGAAAGAAGAUUGAUGCGGCGUUAUUGACAUCCUCCACUGCUGAAGACGAGGCCAGACAAGUUCGGGAACGGAUCAUGAGUCCCACGAAGCAGAAUCCGACACUGCUCUAUGUCACUCCGGAGCGCUUGCAAGUCAGUGCGACGCUGAAAAGCAUGCUAGGCAGACUGUAUCGUUCCGGGGAGCUGGCCCGGUUCGUAAUCGACGAGGCGCACUGUAUCUCGACCUGGGGCCAGGACUUUCGUGAAGCAUAUACAGAGCUGCACACUCUUCGCACAGAGUUUCCAGAUGUCCCAAUCAUGGCGCUCACGGCGACAGCGGAUCACAAGACGAUUGAUGAUAUUCUAUCCCAGCUCCAGUUGAAGAAUCCAGCCAUCUUCAGACAAUCCUUCAAUCGGAAGAAUCUCAAUUACUCCGUGCUCCCCAAACGGUCAGUGGAGCAAGUAGUGGACUUCAUCAAGAAAAAGCACAAUGGUCACACUGGAGUGAUCUAUCGGACCGGGCGUUUGGCCUGCGAGAAGAUGGCCGACAAAUUGCGCAGCUCCGGGCUAAACGCAAAACACUAUCACGCAGGAAUGCCGUCUGAUGAGCGAGAAUUGGUACAGUCUGAGUGGAAGAGCGCAGUGUGCCGAAUCAUUGUUGCCACCAUUGCGUUCGGCAUGGGCAUCGAUAAGCAGGAUGUGCGGUUUGUUAUCCAUUACGACAUGCCGAAAACUAUGGAUGGUUACUACCAAGAAACAGGUCGGGCGGGUCGAGACCAGAAGCCUGCAGAUUGUGUGCUUUACUACUCACUGGGAGAUUUCAAGACGCUCAUCAAGAUGAUUCGCGACAACAAAGAUUCAAAUGUGAGCAAAGCCAGUCAGGAUCGGCAGGAAGAAGCCGCAAGAGAUGUGGUCCGGUACUGUGAAAACGUCUCGGACUGCCGCCGGGUACAGGUCUUGCAGCAUUUUGGCGAGAAGUUCGACAAGAGAGAGUGUCGACAGAUGUGUAACAAUUGUGCCAACGAAGGGCUGUUGGUUGAGCAGGAUGUGACCGAAGAGGCGAAGACCGUGCUUUCUUUGGUAAAGGAGCUCCGGCAAGGCCACGAAAACGUGACGGCGUCCCAAUGUCGCAAAAUCUUCUCGGGAGCAAAUCAUUCUUCAUUGAAUAACAAAGGGUACGAUCAGCACCGUCUCUGGGGUGCUGGGAAACACCUGACCACAGAACUAGUUGAACAGUUAUUCGGGCGCCUGAUCUUCAUGGAUGCGCUGAAAGAGGAGUCAGUUGGAAAUCAGUCCAGGUGGCAUGCCAUGUAUCUGCGGCUCGGAUCCACAGCCGAUGAAUUUCUAAAGGGAGGAAAACGUCUUCUGCUGAGUCAUCGACCGAAAGCUGCUCGAGUCGCUGGUACCAAACGCAAGGGUAAAGGCAAGUCCAAGGCAGAGCCAGAACUGGAACGACAGGCGGACUAUACUUUGCCCCUCUACGAUGAAGAUGAGCCGGACGAAAUCGAAUGCAGUCCCGUAAAAAAGAAAAAGAAAACACCGCAACGACAGAUUGUCGACAUCAUCUCAGACUACGAAGAAGACGUGCAAAAACCGAGCGCUGUCACCCCGGAUACAUUGCAUUCCCGACUCCUGGCUCAUCGACAGGCAAUUCUCGACAGCGAUCCCAGUCUCAGCGAGGAACAGGUCCUGGACGACGAAAUUUUGAGCUACAUGUCGGUGAUACCUCCGCAAGAUUUCCUGACUUUCAAGACAGUCCUUCGAGACAUCAACCUAGAACGUCAUAUGCCAAUAUCCGAGGCCAAGGAGGACUCCGACGAGAGAUACAAUCGUUUUGGUGCUGGCUUCCUUCAGCUUUGCCAGGGCCAACCUGUUGCCACUGGGGAGGAUUGGCGAAGCAAGUAUGCUCUGCAGAGCGCCUCCUCAUCCAAGCCAGCAGACAUCCGCAAAUUCAAGUUCAAGAAGUAGUAAUCACAGGCUAUAGUUUCUAUCGGAUAUAUUAUUUGAUACAACGGCGCACCUCAGCUCUAUUCUAUGGAUGCUGGUUAUGCUUGGCAAACUCCUCGUCUGCGAACAAGACCGCCUGGGUCGUGAUCACCGGUCCGUUCUUCCGCCGUCCUUGGUUCAGCCAGAUCCACUUAUAGCCCACGUGGUACGACACUGCUGGUCCCCAUCGCUUCGUCAAUGAAUCAUUCGCGUCGGACCAGCCCGCCCAUUCGAAGUAUCGCGCGGUGUUGUGCAGACAGUUGCUAACAAGGUCGUCAACACUUGGCUGAGAACAAAAAUAUAGAGACGGGAAAAACUUGCAAGUGUAGUAGUUUCGGCAAGACGACAGUACCAUACUGAGGUGUGUCGAUAACAUGGCCUUGGUGGGUCAUCUCCUCAGAUUCGGUCAUCAAUGGUGCGCCUAGGCCCGUCGAGUACAUGUCCACCAGGCAGCUCGAGAUCUCCCAGUCGUAGCUCAAAGAUUCGAAUAGCUGCGGAUUAUGGUGCACGAUGGCCCACCAAUACCCUUGGUCGCCCAGUCGAACAUUGUCAUACCGGUGGCCCUCCCCUGUGGGUUCACCGUACAUUGCCUUGAAAGCAGACGGCCCGAGUGCUGGAGGAUAACGACCACUAUGAUCUUCCCGAUAUAUGGAAGAGUCCAUCAUUCGCAUUUGCCGGAGCUUGUCCAAAUCCAACAGCAUGAUGCAGCUACAUAUCCUGUUUGCAUGAUGCCAUUCCUCGGAAUGCUGAUCUGGAUGGCUG